GUCCGCCAGUUCCAUCCCGGCGAGCGCCGGCUCCUUUGGACGCACUGACUUCCGCGUAGGAGACGGACAGGUUCCGUGGCGUGUUGGAAACUGAAGUGAAAAGAAAAGAAAAAAGAAAAGAGCAAAGUGUGGACGAGACAGCAGGCACUGAACCUCCACGUGGUACAGGCAGUCGGGAGUCGACAUAAGCCGGAGAGGAGAGCCCGAACCUCGGCCACAGAAUGAACAUUUUCCGGUUCCUCGGCGAUCUUUCGCAUCUGGUCGCGAUAGUGAUCCUGCUCUUGAAGAUAUGGAAGACGCGCUCGUGUUCUGGCAUCUCGGGUCGCAGUCAGAUCCUCUUUGCUAUUGUCUUCACCACAAGAUACCUGGAUCUCUUCUCCAACUUCAUUUCUGUCUACAACACAUCCAUGAAGAUCGUCUACAUCACCUGCUCGUAUGCCACAGUCUACUUGAUUUAUGGGAAGUUUAAAGCGACGUACGACUUCAGCCACGACACCUUCAGGAUUGAGUUCCUGCUCGUUCCCAGCGCCAUCCUUGCCUUUCUUGUAAAUCACGACUUCUCUCCCCUGGAGAUCUUGUGGACCUUCUCCAUCUACCUGGAGUCAGUCGCCAUCUUACCUCAGCUGUUCCUGGUCAGUAAGACCGGGGAGGCAGAGACCAUCACCAGCCACUACCUGUUUGCGCUGGGCUCGUACCGCCUGCUUUACCUCCUCAACUGGCUGUGGCGCUACUUCAGCCAAGGCUUCUACGAUUUGAUCGCUUUGCUCUCCGGCAUCUUGCAGACUGUGCUCUACUGCGACUUCUUCUACCUGUACAUCUCCAAAGUUCUGAAAGGGAAGAAGUUGAGUUUGCCUGCCUAGGACCGCUCAGGCCUUCGUGGUUUAUGGGGGAGCGUGACGCGGGGAUUCUGAGGAAAUCCAUCUUGUAGUGACGUCAGAGGUGAAGACUGCAUCUGCAACUUGAGCUCCCGACACGCAUUUCUUCUUCCUUAACGGGUGGGAUGGGGUCAAU